GCCUCCCGGAGGCCGGGAAACCGGGGAUGAACGCGCCGAGCUAACGAGCUUCAGGCCAGAAUCUGCCAAGAACUGUUUGCGCCGCACAGAGAACGUGAAGAACGUGUGUACUUACGGGGAGAGAUAUAUUCUAAAAUGCACCUCUGCCCGCGUUUUCUGUUGGUGGUGUUUCUAAGGGAAGUGGUUGUAUAUGUUUACUUUCUAGUGAUAUUUAUUAAAAUGGAAAGUUGAUUACAUAAUUUUCUUUUUCAUGGGGUUUGGGAAAAAGGAACACAAAAAGAAAACCUGUUUCUGUGACCUCCUCCUCUGCGUAACAUGUGAGAGGAGUAGACGUCAGCCAUCGGGUGCAUUGCGUUCAUGUGCAGAGUGGGGGUGGGGGCGGUCCUGGCUGGCCGCCUGGACGUCACGGUUCACCUCUAGGAACAAACCCCAAGGUCCCAUUUUCCCACCUGCAACAUAAGAGUAGCGAACCCCCGCGUCUGCCUCGCAGCAUGCUGCGUGAUGAUUUGGUGAUUUGCAACGGCAUCACGACAACUUGGCCACGGGCCCCCCCACUUCAUCCUCCGGUCACUAAGCCCCGGUCCGCCCUCCUCCGUGCAACCUGUCGCCGGUGGUCGCCCCUGCGGCGCUCGGCUCCUCCUCGCGUGCAGGCCCCCAGCGUCGCCCCCUGGACAGCUGCAGGUACCAGCUCCAUCACCCAGCGGGCUCUCCACCGCCGGCCAGUCCUCGCACCCCUCCCCGAGCGAGUUCCAAAUUCACCUGAAAUGCUUUCUCUCUUCGCUCUAAACGUACCCGAUCUUCCCCGCGCGGCCACACUCCCCCGUCUUGUCUCCUCCUUUCCUCAGAAGUGGCGGUCUCCCCUUCCCUCUUCUAUUUAUUUACCCAAAGUGAGGAUUAGGGGCGCCAUUGCAUCCCUCCCUCUACAGGGCACCCAAAGCCUUACACGCGGUCGCCUCCCAUCCUGCGCGAGUGUUAGUUACAGCCCAGCCUUGGAGCAGGGGGUGCAUUCUGCUCGCCAUUGUUCCCAGUUCCCAGGAUGGUCCUGGCAAUACAGCUCGCAGACCAAUGACCCUUUUAGCACAUACCCUGGUGGGCACAGGAAAGCAAAAAUAACUAGUGGCCCCUAGGUAUCUACGAAUAGAUUCAUUUUAUAUUGCUGUAUUUUUCAGUGUUGAAUUCCUCCUCUCUUAGCUAUUCUAUAAGAAUAACGUAUUUAUACACACACACACACACAUACACACAUAUAUAUAAUUAAUUUUACUUAAACCAAUGAUGUGUUUGUCACAAUUACUAUAAAUGUCUAAUAGCAAAAAUAGCGUGUGUGGAUUGUGAAGUGAAAUUCUGGAACACUGCCUGGCUGUUCAAUGCAAGUGGGCAGAAAUGUUCCUUUUAAACUCAAGACUCAAACUUCAAAACUGAGCUGAAACUAAUGCCCUCAUUAUGAUUGAGGGAAGGAGUGGAAGGAAAGACUAUUAAGCUCAGAGUUCUGGUUCCUGUUUAUUAGUAACUUUUAGGAUAGCAAUUAUUGAUGUUAAGAGCAGUCUGAUACUGACUUUUUUUAAAAAAAAAUAAUCCUGAUACUCUUGAUAUCUUUCUUUUGUUUACAGAUGUCAGUGUCACAAAUUGAAUUUCUCAUUUUCUUUGGGUUCACUCACAGCUAGCACUACUAACGUAUGUGCAUUUAGAUCUGUACUAUUUCUAAACACCGCCCUGCUACACACUUUGCAAUAAAGUUAAACAAGAAUUCUUUGUUAAGAGAUGUAAUAUUUAGAGGGUAGGAUAAGGAAUAAAUCUUAACUACUACAAAUUGUUUCCCUUCAGCCCUACUCUGAAGGAGAUCCUUGUUGGUUUUCUCAUUACUGUACAACUGUUCUGUUGACUUUGUUACGUUUUAGUGGAAGAAAGUAGAAUUUAGUAAGAAAUAAAAAAAUUUUAAGAGAAGAGAGGGAAAGUUUGUUUCUUUAGUAUAAUAAGCAAACAUACAUGGGAUUAUAUAUGAGUAAAAACAAGUAAUGUAUUUAAAGUAUUUAAGUCAGAAAAUAUGCAUUAUAAUUAUUUACUGUUUCUAUAGAAAAGUAUUUUCAUAAUAUGUAUUAUAUCUAUCUAUAGGACCCACCAAAUGAUUAUUAUAAACAUAUUAUAAGGGAAAAGUAAAUGAUGGAGAAUAAUUUUGAGUUUAGAAAACAUUUUAGACACUAAUUUGGCAAAAGUCCUGUAAAUACAUUUACAUUUUAGCGAACUGUU